AUGGGAAACGGGAUCCGUGCAGAAGGUGGAGAUCUUUCGUGCAUUAGAAGCACUGUGCCGUGGCUGAUCCGUUUGCUGAAGAUUUUUCUUGAUUUGCCUACUGGGAAAGCGGAUGCCUCCCCGGUGGAAGCAGAUAGAGCCGCCACCCAGCAGGUCGAGGCCAGCCCUGGAAGUGCGGGACCUCAGAGCCCAGCGUGCCCGUCCCCAGGUUCAGAUCAAAAGCAAUUCAAGUCAACUGCAGCUUGUGCCAGCCCUGUUGUGAAGAGAUUAGAAUUUCUUCCCAAUCCUGUCCCUUCAGAGGAAGCUGCUUCAAGUGAGAAAGAUGUGAAGAAACCUGAAAUGGAGCAGCAGAAAGAAGCAGAGCUCCCUGCUGCACCAGAGGUGAUGAAACCAAAAGCCCUGGAAGAAGAGGGGAGUGUAGUAUUGCCAUUUUUAAAGAAACUACCCGAGAUGAGCCAAGUUACUCUGCAGAAUUCUGGUCUACAAGCUGAUUCUGAUAGUGGUGACAAAUCAAAUGAGAAGUACCAGAAGGAGCAGGACAAGCUGAAAGAGGAAUGGGAAAAGGCUCAGAGAGAAGUUGAAGAGGAGGAGCGUCGAUACUACGAGGAGGAACGUAAGAUAAUUGAGGAUACUGUAGUUCCAUUCAUUGUUUCUUCAAACUCUGCUGAGCUCCUCUCCUCCUCUUCCUCUGCUACUGAAGGAAACAAGACAGCGAGCUCAACUGAUUCAAACAGCUCUCCAGAGGAAGGCAGACAAAAAGAAGUUACAAGGCAGAAAAAGCUUCUCUGGGAGCAGGACAGUAUGCCGUCUCGGACAAGCAAGGAUAAUGAACUCUGGCAAGAAAAGAGGAGUGGAAAUAAAGUGCUCUCAGGACACUCGGAGACGAAUAUCUUGAAAGGAGGUGAACAGGAGCAUCAGGUGCCAGUGAUGGAACGCAGCUCGCCUGCCAGACUGAAUCUGCCGUUGACUCAGGAUGUCUCCUGGAAUCAGCAGUUGCUGACAAAGCAGUCCCCGCAUUGCACAGAGGAUGUUCGGCAGAGACCGUUCCUGGGCCAGAGUGCAGGACAACAGCCGAGCUCUGCAGGGGAAACGAAGAGGGCAGGCUAUCAUGAGAAUUUCCGAUCUGGGCCGUCGUCUCCCUGCUCUCCUGCUGCUCCGAGUCAGUCACCCAACAGGUCUGUCAGCGGAAAGAAGCUUUGUUCUACCUGUGGGCUUCCUCUUGGAAAAGGAGCUGCCAUGAUUAUUGAAACGCUCGGUCUUUAUUUCCAUAUUCAGUGCUUCAGGUGUGGCAUUUGCAAGGGACAGCUGGGAGAUGCAGCAAGUGGGACAGAUGUCAGGAUUAGAAAUGGUCUCCUUAACUGCAACGAUUGUUAUAUCCGAUCCAGAACUGCUGGACAGCCAACUACAUUGUGACGUGACUUUCAGUCCUAAUAACUUUCAAGGAGGAACUCUCUUCUCGUAUGUAUCGGCUGCCUCCAGACAAUCACUUGUAAGAGCUUGAAUCCAUGGACACCAUGGCCCUCAUCUCAUUUUGAAAAACUCAUAAAAACGCUGCACCUGCUCCUUUGAAAUGCAGUAUGUUGUUUUUUCCCUUUCUUAAGAAAUUUGCAAAAUAUGUAUGACCAUGUUUGGGAAGGCAAAGCCUAAGUACUAUAAAAAAAAGUCCCACCUUUCAGGUAUGCUUAUGAUUUCCAGUCUGUUACCUUGUUCUUUUGAAAGUAAUAAGAAAAUACACAUGCAAUAAAGCUGUUUUGUUUUAAUAUUUCUAGGAAUUAAAAAGUUUAAGUUUACAGAACCUUUAUAGAAUAUGCCAACUUGAGCUGAGAAGUAAUUUUAAGAUAGUAUCUAAUCAGUGCAUUUGAAAAACUAAACAUCACAGCACGAUUUCUCUGUUAUAACAGAAGCUAUAACUUUUUUAUACAGAGACUAGUUUGAUAAUACAUCCUGUAAUUCUGAAGCAUUUUGUGUUUAUAUUACCUUCAGUGGAGGGUAGGAGUUAUACAAAUAAAUUAUUGCAUCUUUAGGGAUAGGAUUUUUUUGUUUGUGUACCUCAAGUAAUGUUCAUGACUAUAACUUAAUAUUCUCUCAAAUAAAGAUUUCUUCAUUAAACCUAAA